CAUUAUUACUAUUUUACUAUCAAUAAGCAUAUAUAUUGAUAUGCUACCUACUCGAAAUAUUUUUGGUAUAAGGGAGCAGACAGGUAAAUUUAUGCUCCGAUAGUUCCAUAUGUUCCUCUUCCGAUGUUAUCUUAAUAACUGAUGAUCAUUAAGUUCCAUUCGUCUUUCUCUACAUAUUUGUCUUUCUUCCAAAAUCUGAUCAUCCGGGUUGGACUGGCAGCUAUGGAAUGGGAAUGGCUAAAAGAGUUUGGUAAGAGUAUGAUCAAACCGUUGCUUGGACUCUCUGUAUUGGCAAUAGGCUUGGUAAUGUCCUACUUUCAGAAGUUGGGAUUGGUUCGAGAAACCGCAUGUUCGAUCCUCAGGGCUUCUGUUCAGUUGUUACUCAUUGGGUUUGUGCUUCACUACUUAUUCAAUCUCCAUACUAAGGUCUGGAUGCUGGGUGUUUAUCUUUUCAUGACUUGUGUUGCGGGUUACACUGCCGGACAGCGAGCCGAGCAUGUGCCCCGCGGAAAGUAUGUGGCGGGAAUUUCAAUCUUUGCCGGAACUUCUGUGACACUCUUUGUUUUGAUUAUGUUGAGAACUAUCCCUUUCACUGCAAGGUAUGUCAUCCCCAUUGCCGGACUGAUGGUCGGAAAUACAAUGAGGGUUACCGGUAUUACAAUGAAAAGACUCCGGGAUGACAUCCGGAUGCAGAAAGCAUUAGUGGAAACAGCAUUAGCACUUGGGGCUACACCCCGUGAGGCGACAUUGCAACUGGUAAAAAGGUCAUUGAUCAUUGCCCUUUGUCCGACGCUAGACAAUGCCAAGACCAUUGGCCUCGUAUCACUUCCGGGGGCCAUGUCUGGCCUAAUACUCGGAGGUGCUUCGCCUUUGGAGGCGAUUCGGAUCCAACUAGUGAUCAUGAACAUGGUUAUCGGGUCUGGUACAGUCAGCAGUAUCGUGUCGACUCAUCUAAGUAGAUCGUCUUUCUUUACUGAAGCUUAUCAGCUGCAGACCACCGUUUUCAAUGUAUCAGAUUGA